AAUCUUCACGGUUUGUCAAAGAGCAAACCAUCCGUGCCAUCUUCGUCUCAUCGUCUUCUUCUUCUUCUGUUCCUUCAGUUACAUCAGUCCAGGGGAAUGUCACCUUGGCUGACUAAAAUAACUACACUGACACAUAAAAGUGUUGGGUCCCACACGUUAGUGACUUAGAUUUGGGGUCCCACACGUUUGAAGCCAUCAUGAAAACAGUUUGAAAGAAAAUUCGAUAUGGAGAAAGCGGUAUGUAACCAUGGCUUCUUCAUGAUGGCUCCAAACGUGUGGGACCCCAAAUCUAAGUCACUAACUCGACCUAUGACCGUUUCAAAUUCCUCUUCUGUCAGUGUGACCAUCUCUCACCCUCGCACUCUCUCUUUUCUUGUGAUCCAAGUUCACGGCAUCAACAAUGUCUCAAGGGUCGACGAAGAACUCAUCUUGCAACAAGUGGGAAGGAUGCUGAGAAUAUCAGAUGAGGACGGUCGUGACGUGACCGAGUUCCAACAACUUCAUGAGGAUGCAAAGAAGUAUGGUUUCGGUCGAAUUUUCCGCUCGCCCUUUCUCUUUGAAGAUAUGGUGAAAUCCAUCUUGUUGUCUAACAUUACUUGGGAGAGGACACUAGGUGCAUGUAAAUGUGGAAUGUUCGAAAGAGACGCUAGAGACAGCAGCACAAUCCUUUUACGACAGAUUCUCUCCAUUCCAGUCUUUAGCCUACUGGUUUGCUUCUAGUAUUUUGGAAUUUUUAAAUCAUAUUCAGUUUCUUUUAUAUUUAUAUAUAUGCUUCUUCUUACACUUUAUAGGUUUGAUCUAAUCCAAAACUACGAAACAAAACUUGGCAAGCUUAGCGAGUUGAGUCAGCUUGACUACAAGAGUGUUAGCGGAUGCUCUCACAUGAAGCAACUCAAGGCAGACUAGAUGAAUAUCUCUCUCUCUAAAAAAAACUCGUUUUUCUUAUUAUUUAAGUAGCUUGGGUUCAAUUUAUUUUAUGUUUUAUUUUUUUUCUUCUGGAUUUUUGGCUUUUUGUGUUCUACAUUACAGCUUUGUAACAUUUCAUUUUCAUGACCUGAGAAUUAGAUAUGGGAGAAAGGCUCUGUGAAUUAAAUAUGGGAGAAAAGCUCUCUUAUGUGGUGUGUUGUCUCUGUAACGAAACGCUCUGUUACAGAAGAUCAUAUGUUUGUCCCUA